UAACGCAGCCUCCUCCGGCAGCCACCCCUCCACGUCCUUCGCCACCAUGGCCNGGGUGCAUGGUGUGCGGCCCCUGCGGCGGCAGCGGCAACUGCGGUUCGAGCGGCAUGACCGUGAGCUACGCCAACUACUUUCAGCACCCGUUUUCGGGGCCUUCCAUGUUUACUUUCCCCUUUCUGCCCUUCAACCCUUUGUGUAGCAACGGCUACAUCAACACGCAGCAGUACAACAGCAGCACCACGUUCCCCGUGGUUCACACCGCCUACAACAGCGGCAUCGCCACGUGCACCGCCGCGGUGCCGCCGAUGCAGAACUGUAUGGCGGGGACGGCCGGGGUGUAUCAGGCCCAGGGGAUGAUGGGCAACAGCAACGGUUCGAGUCACAAAAAAAACGGGAACCUCUCCUGUUACAACUGCGGGGCCAGUGGUCACAGAGCUCAGGACUGCAAACAGCCUCCCAUGGAUUUCAACCGACAAGGUACGUUCAGGCUGAAAUACGCUCCUCCCUCCGAAAGCCUUGACUCCACAGACUGA